AUGUCGGAAUUCGCUGGCCUGCAAAUGAAAGACUAUGCAAUGUUCAUCAUGGAGCUCGUCGCAGCGAUGAAGGUCCCAUGCACGCGGGAUCACGGAUGGGCUGAGGGUCUGAGGGAUCACAUUGAGCGCGCGCGGGCCAUGCACGCGCAUUUAACCGCAGAGGGGUUCAAGGUCCCCCUUACACUCGAAAGCUGCACCGAAAUUGAAGAUGCAUUGGCUGCGUACAAGUCCCUCAUGGCGCCCCUGCCUGCGUCAUCUAUGUCCAAGAAAGAGGGGAAGAAGGUAAUCCACCCGUGA